AUGGGAUAUGCAAUACGGAACACCGCCUUAAUAAAAGUUCCCCAGCCAUCUCAACAAGUUUACUAUCGACCCUACAUCCAGUUAAUUAUGGCCGACCUCAUCCUCAACUUCGAAACCGACCCAGCACCAUCUCACACCAAGACCCGCCAUAUCCAGACCACGCCGGGAAGCUGGACACACAAACACAAGCAGAAGCGCCGAGCAAAACAUCUUGACAAACUCAAAGCUGUCGACGUCCAGCCUAAGGAUACUCCUCAGUCACAGCCCCAAAACUUAAAGCGAAACCACAAUCACGAUCAGGAUACGAGCCCCAAGGAUAUCCAACCCAGCACCGAUACCCCAACCCAGCCAGAAUCACGCAAGAAAGCAAAACUAGACCACGCAUCAAACGUUUCCAAACCUUCUGGGAGGCUGCAGAUCAUCUCCUCUCUGUUUUCAUCUACUAUCAUCCCUACAAUCAAACCCAUCUCAAAUGACGAACAAUCCUCCAUGGUGGUCUAUGCACCCUCGAAUGCCUCGCUCUCAGAAAUCCAAGUCACCUCCCCUUCCCUCAAACUGCACCCUCAAAUCAGCAAACAUCUUUCGUCUAGUGCCAAAGUCGGCCCAGUCAAUUCGCCCACGGCCAUCCAGUCCAUCGCUUGGCCACUACUUUGCGCCCAGUCGAAUACAACCACAAGAGAUAUCAUCGUCCAGAGUGAAACCGGCAGCGGGAAAACACUUGCUUAUCUAGUACCGAUCAUCCAAGACCUUUUGACUCUGGCCCAGAAUCAUUCGGAAAUCGGUUGGAGCCGGGAAAUCGGAACACUGGCGAUAAUCUUGGUGCCUACGAGAGAAUUAGCAGAGCAAGUUUAUCACGUCGCAAUCGAUCUACUCUCCUUUGCCCAGAGAUCUGGGCCAAGUUCGAAAGACCUCGAGGGUAAAGAACCACAAGCGGAAGAUGCCAAGUCUACCGAACGCGAGAUAGCAGUCGACGGCCUGAAUCCGCGUUGGCUGGUCCCAGGAACGCUACAUGGUGGGACCAACAGAACUCAUGAAAAGGCCAGACUAAGACGCGGAUUACCUCUAUUAGUCUGUACACCUGGUAGACUACUCGAUCAUCUGGAAAAAACUGUUUCACUCCGGAUGGCAGGAGAACCCAUCCCGCCAAGCAACGAUCCUAAGGCCAAGCCGAAGGUCGAUUCACGAAGUAUCGGACACCUGAAUCUGCGUUGGCUUGUAGUUGAUGAGGCAGAUAGACUUAUGGAUAUGGGCUUCGAAGAGCAGAUGCGAGGAAUCUUGAAACAUUUGACCGACAGAGAAGCGAAAUCGAACAACCCCAACAAAUCUUCCUCGAACCCCAGACGGACAAUUCUAUGCAGUGCCACCAUGCCAGACGGUGUGAAGAAAUUGGUCGGGUUAAGUUUGAAUGAUCCGAUUCUUCUGAGGGCGGCAGGUCACCACCCCGACCAAGACCAGGCCGAACAUAGCUCAGGAGACGCAGCAGCGACCAAAACAGAAAACACCACAUUCUCCGCCCCGACUCAACUCUCCCAAUAUUAUGUCCUCACCCCGCCGAAGUUGAGACUAGUAUCACUGAUCGCUCUGCUACGUCGUAUUACCGAUUCCAAGCAGAAGAAACCAGCCGAAAAAGUACUGGUCUUCAUGAGCUGUACGACUUCUGUCGAUUUUCACUUUGAGGCCAUCGGAUCUCCGUCAGCAGAAGCGGCACAAGAAGCAACAGCAGCUGCCGAUGAUAAAAAAACCGAACCCAAUAAGCUGGUCAAGCAAUCGAAAUUCCUACCUGGCGUCAAGAUAUUCAGACUCCAUGGGAAUUUGGAUCUACAAACCCGGCUGGCAUCUCUCAAUGCAUUCUCGAAUUCGGAUACAAAGUCGGAAGGGUCGUCGAUCUUACUCUGUACUUCAUUGGCCGGAAGAGGGCUCGAUGUUCCGUUCGUUUCCCACGUGAUCCAAUACGACUUGCCGACUGAGGGAGGGGUGACCGAGUAUCUCCAUCGAGUCGGGAGAACUGCUCGAGCCGGACAGGCCGGAGAGGCCUGGAGCUUCCUGCUUCCCAGCGAGUCCGGCUGGGUCGAUUGGUGCGAAUCUAAUCAGAACGAAUCCGCCGCUGGCCCCAAACUGAAAGAAGUCGGCGUGCAGAAAGUGUUGAAUGAUGGCUUUGGUGGUAAAUCUCAGAAGGAAUGGGAAGUUCGUGCAACUGAUGCUCAAAUGAUGAUCGAACGAUGGGUCAUCGGAAAUGAAGAGAAUCGGAACUUAGCUUCGAUGGCUUUCAGCUCUCAUAUUCGAGCAUAUGCGACCCAUCCAUCCCAAGAGAAGCAAUUCUUCCAUGUCAAGAAUCUACAUUUAGGACAUUUAGCCAAAUCGUUCGGAUUGCGGGAACCGCCGAAGAAGAUCACCACCAUGUAUCCCCAGCAGACUUCCAAAGCAACCGACCGGCGUCAACAUCAAGCUCAAAUUUCGAAGAACACUACCGUGAGGAGAAAGAGUGCUGCGAACGAGGCUCGUGAUAGUAGUGGUUCUGACUCCGAAGAUGACGAUGGUCAUCAAGACCAUCCCACUUCUUUCAAAGCUCUCAGCCAGUUCAAACAUGCCAAAAAUGGCAACACUUUGAGAGGACCCAUCUUCAACACUAUCGAUGAGUUUAACUUGGGAUAA